AUGGCAUUCCUAAAUGGAACAGCAGACCUCCCGCUCAAUGCGUUCGCCCGUUUUCAGAGACCAGAACAUGCGGAAGAGUAUUGCCGCGACAAUGUUCUCUACGACCUCGCAGACUAUAUCCGGUCUGCGACUUUGUCAAGUGUUGCCCAUGAUACCGCGGAUUCAGCAUGGGGCAUGUUUGCCCCGGUGUGGCUCAAGCGGCAGCGGAGAAUCAGAGUGCUUGAGAAGAUGAUGAAAGAGGCUAAGGAUCUCGAGGCUUACGAAGCAUGCGCAAUCGAAUUAGACGAAUUGCAAGGCCACAACGAGUGGAAGCUGACUUUCCAAUCAAUCGAGGAGGACUACAACCCCACAAUAAUCAGAAAACACAUGCGGAGGCUUCAAACAGCAGCUAAAACAUCCGACAUUGGACGCCUUCAAUACCUGCUUCGCACACAACUGAGUCGCAAUCUGGGAGGGGUGAAUAUUUUACGCCUAUACAAGCACUCAUGGCAUGGCACAAAAGCUCUUGUCAACGAAUACAUCAAUACUGUCAUAUCCUCCAUCAACAAUCUGCUCGAGCUGACCGAAAAGGCACGAUUACCAGCUUCAGAGUCUCGUUUCCACCAGAAAUCUCUCGAAGACGCCUUGAGAUACUUCGGACGGUCAGCGUUGACCUUAUCCGGCGGCGCAAAACUUGGUUUGAAGCACGUCGGAGUGGUCAAGGCCCUAUGGGAGGCGGAUCUCCUUCCGAACAUCAUUUCUGGAGCAUCGGCUGGAGCAAUAGCUGCGGCUAUUAUUGGAGCUCACUCGGACACUGAAAUGGAGGACGUCCUUACCAGGUUCCCCUAUACCGACCUGGCCGUGUUUGAUCCCCCACAUGUGGUAGGUCCGAUUCGCUGGUGCGUAAGCCGCUGUCUUACUGCGAUUGAGACGCAUGCAUGGUUCGAUAUGGCCAAUCUAGAGAAAGUGAUGAAGAACUGGCUGGGAACCUUGACCUUCAGAGAAGCGCACAACAAAACCGGCCGAGUCAUCAAUAUCUGUGUAUCAAGCCCCGAUAGCUCGGAACCACGUCUGCUCAACUUCAUGACCGCUCCAGAUGUCUUUUUAUGGUCUGCGGUCUGUGCUUCUUGCUCCGUACCGUACGUGUUCCAGCCCGCCAAUAUUUACGAAAGGGAUCGUCAGACAGGAACAACGAAAGUCUGGAUGCAGGGCUCACAGCAAUGGGUGGAUGGUUCCCUAGACUCCGACAUUCCCCAGCGCAAAUUGUCCGAGAUGUUCAACGUGAACUUCUUCAUUGUGUCGCAAGUCAACCCACACGUACGGCCUUUUCUCGCUGCAGAAGAACAAUUCACUGGUAUUCAGCCAACGACGAAGGUUCCUCCAACGGACACCAUCAUCCGCAAAAUGGCCACCUUGGCUAAGGAUGAUGUGGUCUAUCGUGCUAACCUGCUCUCCGAUACACCGUUCUUGAAACCCUUGUUGAGAGGGAUCUCGGUCCUGACACAGAAAUAUACUGGCGACAUCAAUAUCCUUCCAGAAAUUGCACCCUCCGAUUACCUUCAUAUGAUGUCAAAUCCAACUCCUGAAUCCAUGACUGAGGCAACGGCCAGUGGGGAGCGAGCCACCUGGCCCAAAAUCUCACGGAUCAAAAACUCGGUUGCUAUCGAGUUAGCUCUACUUAGGGCAAUCAAUGUGUUCCGGGAUCGUGUCAAUUUUGGGCCAGACGCAGCUAAGGCUCGCCAAAAGAUGCGACUAGAAGCAAAUCGAGGUCGACCACGAAAUUCGAGACUCCGCCGGCCAUCUUUUACAAGGCGGCGAAGUCUAAGUAAUGAGCCUCCCGAAUGGGGAAACCCGCCGAGUAGACUCAUUGGACCGCCUUCGCCUUCACCGAACCGGGCCGUAAAACGUAACAACAGUGCUGGCAGUCUUGUCGAGAGGCUGGGUAUGAUUUCGGGCUUUACUCCGAUGGCACCAAAGACGCCACUUAUUACAUUGACUCCACAAGCUGGUGUCAGCGAUUGGUUGACUACUCGAGAGCCAGCAGAUGGGCAGUUCAAUGGGUUCCUGUUGGGCGGCGAUGACGAAGAGUGUAGCGAGACAUUCGUCUUUGAUCAAGACCAUCAACCCGCUGUGCCGACUCUUACCCCGGAAUCUUUGUCUCCUACCUCUUCAAAGCCUCCCUCGCCAGUAGAAACGUUCAAGAGUUUUCUGAGAGGUCGCUCUGAGCAAGACUAA